AUGACUGCAGGCCGUCCUACUUCCUGGACUCCUAAUCAGACGCUGGGCUUUGGCGCCGGUAGCAUAUCAGGGGGGCACCCUGGCUACGCUUCCGCUGCGUUGUCUGGCACCUCGAAUCUCGACAUGGCCGAGUUCCCUGCGUUGGGAUCUCAGGUACCACAUCAUACGAAUGCAUCGACGCCAUCGUCUGCCAACGUAUUCUCGACGUAUGCGAGUCAUGCCGGCACUGGUGUGUCCAAUUCAGCUGUUAUGAUGCCGCGAAGUGGCGCGCCCUUUACCCCUGACGAGUUCCCUGCCCUGAAUCGUGCGCAUGCGCCACAGGAUAGCAGAAACUCUAAUAUGCCAUCAGCUCCCUCCUUUGGGGCGGACCAUGGCUCAGCGUGGCAACAUGAGGCGCCACGUCCCUCGAUUGCUCAAGAGCUCGCGCGAAAACCAGGUUUAUCUGCUGAGGCUUCUUCUAGUGCUGUGAACCAAUCAUCACAAGGCGUUAGUGGCUGGGUUCCCCCAUCGUACGACUCCCAGCCGCCUACUGGCAUGAGUCGGAUAGCCGUACCUCGGACUGGCGCUGCCGCCGCGUCCAAUGAAGCCGUUGCAACGCCCGAUGCCAAGGUUGACGCCAGUUCGAUGCCGGCGGUGAGCAGCGACACAGCGAUUCCCUUGCCCAUCUAUCAGGUAUUGUCAUCGCCUGUGGACCGAUUUGGUCUCGUGGGCUUGGUUAGCUUGAUCAAGACGCAAGACCCUGACAUGGCUAUGCUCACCAUGGGUACCAAUCUGCAGGGCUUUGGCAUGAACUUGGACUCAGCGGAACCGCUGCAUACCUCCUUUGUCACGCCGUGGUCUCAAGACCCGACCAUUGCCUCUAUGCAGGUGGAGCCGGCGUACCAAUUGCCCAGCUGCUAUAAUGUCCAAACCCCUCCCCCUGCCCAGACAAAGAUUGCUAGUUUCAGCGAUGAGACACUGUUCUUUAUUUUCUACUCGACGCCGCGUGACGUAUUACAAGAAGUAGCGGCCCAAGAGCUGUAUGCACGAAACUGGCGGUAUCAUAAAGGCUUGCAUUUGUGGCUUACGAAAGAGCCGAAUACGGAGCCACUGCAAAAGACACCUACCUAUGAACGAGGCACGUAUGUCUUUUUCGACCCUGGAUCAUGGGAAAAGGUGUCAAAGAGCUUUGUGCUGAUGUACGAAAUGCUUGAAGAUAAGCCAUCGUCGCAAGGCAUGAUGCCGGCUACGGCAGUGCAUCCCGGCACGCCAUCUCAGCUUUCUGCGCAGGCGCAGGCCACGAAAGCGAUGAAUGCAGCACAUGUACCGCCGAACGUGAUGCCUGGGUCUAACGCAGCAUCACCACAGACGUCAUUCUCAUAG